GGUGGUGCGGCGGCGGAAGAAGCGAAGGUUUGGCGACUGUGUGGGGGGCUGGCAGCCCCCAGACUGACUGAAGAACAUGGAAAGAAUGGAUUUGCACCUUUCCUUCCUCCCCUGGAGAUCUUGGAAAGGGUUUGGUUGGGGCUGUCCGCCUGUAAAUGUAAACUUUGCAGGGGUGGAAUGUAUUGUGCAUAAAAAAUGAAGGGCGGCUCUUUUUCAUAGGAGGGACAUUUUCAGCCACCAUAAAGAAGACUGAAUUUCUAUGUUUAGAAAUGCUCCUUUGUCUUUCAAAGUUGGUGUGUGUUUUCUGGUUCCAUUCGUCCAUUUAAAAGAUAAUAUUCUUUCUUUCUACUAUACUGAUUUGGCCUCUUUGCUUCUUCUGCUUUCUCUUCCAGGUGGGGCUGUUGACUUUCUGGGGAGAAAUAUUCCCUCAAUUCUGAGAACGACUGAAGGAAUGGAACCAAAUAUAAGCAGAAGGCUUUGCAUUAAACCCCAUGAAGAAGGUCAACAUCAGCCAAAAGUAAGAGUUUUUGGUUGGUCUACUUUGAGGGUGCCUGGACACAAGCCUACAGACUGGGACAAAAGAUUUUUGUUGUGGGCAGGCCAUUUCAAAAAACCAGAGGAUAUACCAGAGACUGUCUCAUAAGUGCCAGUUUUGAAGCUGAUUGAUACAAUCAGAGCAGCAAAGACCACACUGCGUGUGAAGUUCAGCUAUGUGAUGAUCGCACUGACAAUAGUGGGAUGCAUAAUCAUGGUGAUUAGAGGAAAGCAGGCUGUAAAAAGGCAUGAAACUCUUACAAGCAUAAACUUGGACAAGAAAGCACAAUAGAGAGAAGAAGCUACUCAGAGCACAUCGGCUAAACCUUAAAGGAGGAGAUGAAGAGACCACAUACUGGAGAAGAAAAUCUGUCCCUCUUGGCACUGGAAGAAUAUAGUCACAUCUUUCAUGUAUGUUGCUUCUGUACUCUCAUGUUCAAGAAAAUUAAUACAUUAUCCUGUAAUCAUUAAAACCAGAAAUACUUUACUUUUCCUAACAACCUCA